ACUCUUGCACCCUCCAAACACCACUUCCCUCUCAACACCUCCUCCCUGCACAUUGACGCACUCUGUGCGGAGCAAGCAAGAGAGCCAACGAGCUCAAGCUCCUCUCGGCUCAGAAUCCUGGAGCUCCUCUCCUCUCAACCUCCGAGCGUCAGUUCGUUUCUCUCUUCCUCGCAUCCUGCCUUUGGUUUCCAUCUCCCACGCAGGAAGCUCAAGCCGAAGUUGAAGAAGCCGAAUCAACCCCGCUUGUACAGGGUUCGCGUCUGCUCGUUUCUCCUCCCUUUCUCCCUCCUCCCUGCCUCCCUCUUCCUCCUCCUGGCGUGGCCUCCGCUCUGCUGCGAGCAGGGUUUUAGAUCGUCUCCCAGAGAGGAGGUAGAGGGGCGCCAGCACACUCACUCACUGCCUUCAUAACGCUCUGCACUUGCGCCGGCGACAGGCAGGUGGUUUUGUGGGUGACGACCGUCGUCAUCAGCUUCUAUUUUGCUCAAGGAGAUUUGGAGCAUUUGCAUCGCAGUCAAGUGAAGUGAACAGAAGAGCAGUGGGCCGAGUUUUGAAUGAGUGCGUUCUUUGGCUCACAGGAGUAUCUGGCACACGUUCAAUGUGUUAUUCGGUUAUGAUCGUCUGCUUUCCGGGAUCCCGUUAAGAUUUUAUUCACCGGCUUGCGGAUACACAAGCUUUUGUACAGGAGAAUCUGCUCGGUUCAGGAUGCUCGUCAUUUAGAUCUUCUACCCAUUUGGACAUUUCCGGAUUUUCCUUUUCUCCGAGCACGACCACCAACAGCAGCGCCUGGUCAUCUCCGGCGACAACCAUCUUCUUCGUCGUUUACUCGUUCACUCUUACCCCAUAGGUACUGGCGGCAAGUCUGACUCAGAAUCAAGGUCCGAGUUCUUUGAAAAUCGCUGAAAAUUGGUCUUUCUUUCUUCAAUUAGUGCUUCUAGACGGUGAAGCUUAUUUAGCAAGCGCACCACCUUCUCCCGGACACCAACGUCUAUAUUGCGUCUAUCCGGGGGGUUUGAAUAGGCACAAUUUGCCAAAAGAAAGAAGGUUCGGAAUGAGCUGCAACGGCUGUCGGGUACUUCGCAAAGGGUGCAGUGAGAGCUGUAUUCUGAGACCAUGCCUGCAAUGGAUUGAUACGCCGGACUCGCAAGGCCACGCCACUGUCUUCGUCGCGAAAUUUUUCGGCCGAUCUGGGCUUAUGGGAUUCAUCAGCGCAGUACCGCCGAGCCAGAGACCCAAUGUUUUCCAGUCCCUUUUAUACGAAGCUUGCGGGCGCACAGUGAAUCCGGUGUUCGGCGCCGUGGGGUUAUUGUGGGCUGGGAAAUGGGAUGUGUGCCAGGCUGCAGUGGAGACGGUGCUGAAAGGGGGCUCGCUGAGACCUCCAUCGCCCACAGCUAUGGAGGUGAACAGCGGUUUGUGCAAUGGCGGGAUGCGCAGUAUUCCGUUUCCCGUCGUGAAGCCCUCGCAAAAUCUGAGCUGCCCGAGCGACACCGCGGGGCUGGCGGCCUCGGGCGAGAAGCCUCAAUGCUUCAACAGAGUGCGCGAAGAAAUUUUGGAAGGGAUGGUGAAUGCUCAACACUCUGACCGAGCGCGGCAGGAACUUAUGUUUGCGUUCGAGACGAAGGCCAAGGCCAUCGACGGUGAGCCUCCUUUGGUCCAACAGUUUGGGAUCGAUCAGGGAGUGCACGAAGGAGAGUUCAUGAAAUAUGCGCCGGGGCGGUUUGAUUUCCCCAGCGUGCGUGGAUUGAACAUGCCGUCCUUGAAAAAGGGCAAUGAGGGCGAGAAGCGCGAGACCGAGGAGCGGACGACGGACGGGCCCCAGGUCGUCGUGCCCUUGGCUCGCCGCGUGGCGAACAGGACGAAGGUGCUGGACUUGCGCCCGCCCUGCUCCACCUCCGAUGCGCCCGUCGCGCGGGUGGAGAAUGAGGAGCGCGAGAAGCUGGAGCUGGAUCUGACUCUAAGCUCGGUGUCUGCCGCCAAAGAGGAGCCCAAGGCCUGGACCUCGGGCUUUGUUCCGCUCGGUGACCACAAGGUGCGCUUGGCGAGCAAAACUGGAAUCGCUUGCAAGGGCAUGAAGAGAGUGCUCAGCCCUAACUCUUCGGAAUCUGUCAACUCCGAAGGCUCGGUGACGAGCCUCGACAGUACGUGCGAUCUCUCGCUCUCGCGUGCGUCUACAGGAUUCUGGAAGGCUCACAAGUGCGCGCCGGGGCCUGUCAGCAGCAGUCACUCGCGCAAGGCGCUCACUCUUUUCCACACCUAGUGGUCUGUCAUUCGACGAUAUAUGAUCGCUGGGCCUGUUUUCGUCAGUUUUGGAAUCACGCGAAGCCGCAUCCACGAGAGCGGCUUCUCGAGAAUAGGCUGACAGGUUGGGAUACCCGAUUCUUUCGCCGCCUCCGUCUCCGCCUCGGGGUCGAGGACGAGAAUCGGGCGCGAGGGAGGACGAGAAGGGAAUCCAAAACGAGAUGGAAAGGAGGCAGAUGCACGACAGAGCUUACGCCGAGCUCUGUCAAACUCUGCGUGAGUUCUGCAGUCGAGAAACGGAGGCGCCCGAGUUUUGACGAUCAGGGCGACCACCGCACCCCCCUUUUCGGUUCGUACGUCGAGUCGAGGCAGUAGUAUCCUUUUUGGGGUCUUUGGUAAUGAGUGUGGAUAGUAGACCUGUCGUGAUUCCAUGUCGAAUCAGGCCUGUAAAGGUUUGGACGCAGAGAGAUAGAGAGUGAGAGCAGGGAGCAGAUCCCACGAGCCAUUUUUGACAGUUAGACAGUCUAGUCUGUACGGGAAUUCGAGGCCACCAAUACUGGAGCCGUAAUGCUCAAGAGUCAAACACGACUGUAUACAUUUCCAUUGCUAGUUUUUUCAGCCUUUUUUCUUACAAGGAGUUCUUAGAGAACUCGUCAUACUACACAUUUUUUCAGGAGGUGGCACUCCAAAGAAGAGUGCCCAAAACGUUUGGUGUACAUGCACGGCAUCUUUUCAGGCAUCCCCCGAUGCCCAUUCAAGCAAUAUCAAUUGAAUAAAAGAGACAUUGAUAGAAUCUGUGCCUGCGUGCGUUCAAGGUGUCAAUGUGCUCGGUCCCGGCCAUGGCAAAUUGUGGCCGGGGCUUCCGAGCUGCAGCAGGUGUACAGAUUUGUACGAGUUGGAGCUGCUCGAUAGGCGAUCUAUCGACAGGCGAUGGUGAAGCGAAGUGAAGUGAAGGCUCGAUACGGAAGCGUUUUCGGCCCGUGCUUUGUCCAAGUUUUGAGAUAUCUGGUAAUUAGUGGUGAGACUCGGG